AGGUGGUGGGUCAUGAGGCAGAGUGGGGGGUUGUGGAGAGACUUGGAAAUUACAGACAACGCGGAGGAUGACCAUUAUCUCAGUCUCCUGCGUAUGAAGUGGUCAAGCUUCAAUCGUAUUCUGGAUAUUCUGCGACCCCACCUGCAAAAGCAAGUGACAAGAUAUCGCAUGCCUCUUCACCCUGCGCAGGUGUUGGCAUACGCGAUCCACAGGUGGGCACAUGGCGAUUCGCAGCGCCACUCAACAUCAGCGUAUGGGAUGGGCAAGACGAGUGGUCUGAGAGCAGUGAGGAUGGUCGCUGUUGCUAUAAUCAAGUGCUUCCCAGGCAAUAUCAGCUUUGGUUCUUAUGAAGACAGGAAUCGAAUCAUGCAAGCGUUCGCGGACCGUGGAUUUCCUAAUUGUCUUGGGUGUAUUGAUGAGACGCAUAUCUACCUCGACAAGCCUAGGAACAUGUGUGGUGAUGACUUCUGUUCAGGGCGGACGAAGAGGUUCUCAAUCGUUGCGCAACUCGUGUUUGACGCAUACUUGCGUAUAGUAGAUCUCUUCUUUGGGUUCCCAGGCAAGUCACAUGACUCUCGUGUUCUACGGAACUCCUCGCUGUAUCGGCGUGCUUUGAAAGGUGAUCUCUUUCGUGAUGACCCGGACGAUCCACACAGGGAAGAACGGCCGCCAGUGGAUGGUGUCCCUAACUCUUACCUGCUUGGCGACAAUGGAUAUCCAAUUCUGCCAUGGAUUGUAUCGCCAUACGGAGGGACAACUGUAGGAGAUGAAGUUUUAUUCGACAGUCUUCACAGAGUGGCGCGGUGUGGUGCGGAGCGCGGGAUCGGCAUCUUCAAGUUGAGGUGGCAGUACUUCCACAGACAGGGGGUGAGGAGCACGCCAUACAUAGGAACAGAGUUUCGCGCAGCGUGUAUACUUCAUAAUGUCUUGAGGAAGUGGGGCGAUAUACCAGAAGAGGGACGCAGGUUCACCGCAGAAGAACUGACAAGAUUUGCCCAUGUUCCAUGACCACCGUUGAAUCCAUACCCUCCUCUUAAUCGACAACUGGAGGAGGGGAGGUCUUUUCGUGAUUCCUUGUGUGUGCACGUUUGUGCAUUGCACCGUCGUCGACGAGAGGAGGCAGCGGCAGCAAGGGCAAAUCGUCGGGCGGCGUGCGCCCCAUACUAAGCACCGAAUCGUUGUGCAUAUGAAAAUAACAGUGUGAACAAGUGGCAGUCUUUACUUGCAUGGGUAUUCACCACAUACACAUGCAAGAAUGUGCAAAGAGGAAAUGUCUGUUCUUACGUGCUGGUGAUCAGAUAAAGGCAGGUUUAAGGA